AUGCGUCCAAGAUGCGACAGCGGUUUCUCGAGGCCGCGCUCGCGUUCGCGCGACCAUUCAUCCCGAUUGGUGCAUGUUUGGAAGACUUCAGGGGAAGAGGCAGCUGCCAUACCCAUGGACGAAGCAGGAAGAGAUAUUCGGGCUUUGAAGCAGCGUUUACAGAGAUCGUGUGGCUUACCAAGAUUCCGGCAAAGGCUUCUCAGCAAUGGCAUGAUUUGGGACGACGACGCCGUCAUAGUUUCGCCGAUGGAUUUCGAGCUAGAGUUGAUGCCUUAUGCUGCUGCUUCUGACGAGCAGGUGAGGCAGUUCUUCAUGGCAGUUGGGGGUGGUCUGGCAGUGGAGGUAGAAGAGAUUCUCAAGCGUCCACAAGAUCCAAAUUUGACCAACAAGUCUGAUACAGCUUUGCUGCGAGCGUCGCAGCAUGGGCAUGGCAAAGUGGUGCAACUGCUGUUGGAGGCCAGCGCCGACAUACACGCAUACCCUUCACCUCCGCUACCGACGCCCGUGGAGGCUGCAGCUGAGAAAGGCCACGCCGAUAUUGUGCGCAUCCUCUUGGAGGCUGGUGCCAACACGGAGCAUAGCCGAUGCACGAGGGGAGAGUACGGGCGAACACCACUUGGUCUUGCAUGUUGUGAAGGACACACCUCCGUCGUGAAGUUGUUGCUGGAUGCUGGAGCCGAUCGUCGUUGCACCGCUUCUUGGGCUGAUGAACCUGCCAUCGCAACGGCUGCUCGGUCUGGUCAUGUUGAGGUUGUUCGUCUUCUGCUUGAGGCAGGCGACAGCCCAGAUACGUGUAUCGAUGGUCCCUACUUGUGGACACCGAUUGGUUUAGCAGCGCGCGAAGGUCACGCACAAGUUGUCCGUUUGUUGUUGGAAGCGCGAGCAGACAUGGACAGGCGCUGUAUAGAGAGCACCGCGCACGGCUUCGGACAAAAGCUGACGCCCAUCGGCAUCGCAUCUCGCGGAGGCAACCCGGAAAUCACGCACCUGCUGUUGAGGGCUGGAGCCAACCCAGAUCCUAAUCUGGAGUGCCUUCCUCUACAUGAGUCCGAUGAUGAUGAUGAUCCUUUUUCUGAUUCUGAGGAUUGUGGGGAUACUGAGACUGGACAGAGCAGUGGUUCCGAGACCAUCUGA